AUGACUAGGCUCCGUGGAGCUUCCUUCGACUCCCCUAACAUCUCACACCCCGGCGGCCCCGAACGGGCGAACUGUCGGUCCAAAGUUCCUCCAAACGCGCCCGAGGUCAUUCUCCAGAACACGAUUGACGUACCGGACGCUUCAAGAGUACUAUCUUGGGACCGGGAUGAACGCAGGCGGAAUUUCAACGUCCUAGUGCGAAAAUACAAGAACCAGCUUCUGUAUGGAUGUGACGAUCCAGGUUGCCGUACACCGACAUGUGCAAGUCGCCGACGGAGGAUCAGCGAGGGCCCAUAUCGCCGCUACACCGAGCUUAGCGCCCGUACCCUUGCAUGCUACCUCGCGAGUUUAGAUGACGCGGAGAGUGGGUUGUGCUGCAAUACUCCCAAAGUUCCUUCCGAAUCAGCAAUUCAGCAUUACCAUCGAAUCUCAUUACAACGAGCGCGUGCUAUUCAAGCCCAAGCAGAUGCUGCCGCAGUCGCCGCUGGCGGACAAAACAGCUCACUCUGUGAUUCUCCAAGUGACCCCAACAACGGGAACGACGCUCGAAAGGACAGCCUGUGUACAGGCUCAGCACCGGACAGGAAUGUUGCAGCUAUUUCCUCCUCCCCUCAGCCGAACAAUGCCGCCGCCUGUGAUUUUCACGACCUUGACUACGCUGCUGAGCAGCCACUGAAAGACCCGAAGUCAUUUACACAAAAUCUAUUCGACACGAUAUCUCUCAGGAUGGUGGAAUGGCUUCCAUUGCGCCGGACAGCGGAAUCUUAUCCACCAUCUCUCAAGAGAUCAAACUCCAGUCCCCAGGCGGAAUCUUCUCAGACCCUGAAAGAUCAAACGCCCCAGACCAGACUUGAACGGAGGUCCAACCCACUGCAUGCACAGACUAACUCGCCAAGCGCCGGGCAGCCGACAUCACGUAUUCCAGCAAUACGAACAUCGGGUACGACCUCCUCGGCUGUAGAACUCAAAAUUCAGAACCAGCACGUCAAGCGUGUUUCAGUUACAGAAGUAGACAACCGCAAACAGCCCUCGCUAUCGAGUCUGGACGAGAAGAAACGACCUGAAUACUCCAGCAGGAAGCUCUCAAUGAACUCAGUUCUUGCUCCAAGCGAGUAUACUAGCAUGCCUUCGCCCCCGGCAUUGAAACACCGAUCACAGAAGCACCGCGGGCGGAUCAGUGAACUUGAAAACUCUCGCCCACAAGGGCGGGCAAAAAAUCAACGCCGUGUCUCAUGGGAUAGCGAAAAGCUUCUCAACGAGACCUCUUUCGAUCAAAGCUCCAAUGAGGCCGGUCUACCUCCGCCAACGAGCGAAGUAGAUAAUGCAUCACCGAGGGACCGCAAAAUCAAGCGCGCAUCUCGCCAACAAUCUCCUGAAGCAGUUCCAUCGGUACAAACUAUAUCCCACCUGACACCUGAAAUAAUCGAUGCAUUUGCCCAAGUAAUGUUUGAAUCCCGAGAGGAUAGGGACACUUGGCAACAAGAACUUGAUCGGAUACAAUCAAUGGGGACAUUUGACAGCCCAGAAUGGACACUUGCUACUUCGUAUCAGCGCCAAUUAUUUCCGUUCAUCGCACAGAGCGUCUUUUUUGUUUUCAGUAGCGCUAGGCAUAUUUUACGCUCCUUUCGAACGAAGCAUGAACGGGCCCUCGGCGAUACUCUUGAUAUUCACAGUCUUCGAGACUCAUUGAGAACCCUUUUCGCCAUUUGUCCUUGGGAUAUUGCAUUGCAUAGCUUUUGGGGCGCCAUUGAUAAAUUGUUCUUACCGCCGAAUGAUUACCCUUCCUCUGCUAGACAUUCUCGUCGCUCCUCACGCAGCUCAACUAUGAAUGGCCAGGGACCACAGAUACAGGGACUGCGACGAAUUUCUGAAUCAGUCACCGACGAGCACCUCUCGGACGCUGAUGCUGCUUACAUUGCCACUGUGGCAUUGUUCGUCUUGAUUGGCUCUAUCCCCAGAGUCGACUCUUCAACCUGGCGUCGGAUUCUUCAAAUGCGAGCCGCUGGGGGUGUCGCAUCCUCCGCUGAGAUGCUGAAAUUGUCAUCUGAACAGGCGCAGCAGGCUGUGGAAGCCACUGAUAGAUUUGAACAUGAGCUAGCGCUUCGCUUGGUCAAUCGUCUUGUCCGGGCACUCACUGCCCGCCUUGCCUACCACGAGAUCAUCAAAGCACGUCAAGCUUAUAAUUUUGAUUUCUCUAAACAACGAAAGAUCAACGUCAUCGAUCGUAUUAUGGAUCAUUUGAGUGAGCACAACAAUCUCCAGACCGAUGCUGAAACCAUCGGUCCUGCGCCCCUUAUUGUUGAAUGGUUUCGAACCCUUUUUCUUCGGGAGUGGGAUGGAAAUCCUGAAAUGGCUCGUAGCAGUGCUACAGGCGGCGCAAUCCAAAUACUAGCCAUGAUGUACAAAGAGCGAGCUAGACUGGGUCUGGCUGCUGAAGACUUUGAGACCCCCCUUCUCUCUGAGCGGCUGGACCCUCUCGAGAUGCCUGUUGCAUGGAUGGGCGGCUUGUCGAACAACCGCACACUGCAUCUUCUAUCUUAUCCCUUUUUAUUCCCACCAUCCUUCCUCGUUAUUUACUUCCGAGCGUUGAACUACUCUGCGAUGUCUAAGUAUUACGAAGCAGCCACUACAACUACUAGACAUGUCACGCAAACCGCUUUUAGCCAUAUCAACGUCACCGAUGACUCCGCGCUCCUUGCACGCCUGAAGGUAUCCAUGUCAACCUACUUGGUUCUCGUGGUCCGGCGAGACAACGUUCUUACCGAUGCUCUCAAUCAGCUCUGGCGAAGGGAAAAGCGGGAGCUGAUGCGACCUCUCAAAGUUCAAAUGGGAAUGGAUGAAGGGGAAGAAGGACUAGAUCACGGCGGUGUCCAACAAGAGUUCUUCCGAGUGUUGAUGGGCGAGGCUCUUGAUCCAGUUUAUGGCAUGUUCACCAUGGACAGCCGACACCGAAUUUCCUGGUUCCGUCCUUGUGCUUUGGAGCCGCUGUACAAAUUCGAACUUCUUGGCCUCUUGAUGUCUAUCGCGGUAUACAACGGCCUUACCCUGCCAAUCAACUUCCCCCUGGCGUUCUAUCGGAAGCUUCUCGGGUUGAAGGUCAAACGCCUCGACCAUAUCAGAGACGGUUGGCCGGAGCUUACGCAAGGACUUGAGUCACUUCUGUCUUGGACUGAUGGCGAUGUUGGCGACAUCUUCAUGCGUACCUAUGAAUUCAGCUUCGAGAACUUUGGAGGCGUUGAAGCCAUUGACAUGCAAAAGGUCGACCGUGAUGCUGCCUGGCCACUUCCUGCAAAGAUCGCACCGGUUAGCACCCCCGAAGAUUCGACGGCAUGGGCGGAUGUGCCGCAUUACUUCAACCCGGCGACUGCGAGCUUGCCAUCGUCUAUGGCGGCAGAGGCAACUGAUGCCCCCUCUCCUUCUGUUUCGGGUGAAACAAUCAAGUCAGGCAUUGAACCUUUAUCUCCACAACUACCCAGUCCUCUUCCAGAGGAAGCAGCCUUGGUGACUAACGAGAAUCGAGACCAAUUUGUCAAGGACUACAUCUUUUGGCUCACGGAUAAGUCAAUCCGACCACAGUUCGAGGCAUUUUCCAGGGGCUUUCACACUUGUCUGGAUCGGUCUGCGUUGUCGGUGUUCACUCCAGAAGCACUCAAAGCAGUGGUCGAAGGUAUUCAGACGAUCGACAUCAAAGAAUUGGAGAAUCAUGCAAGGUAUGAAGGCGGCUUCAGUCCUGACCAUAGAGUCAUCCGCGAUUUCUGGAGCAUAGUGCGACAUUAUUCAGAGGAAAAGAAGGCACGACUUCUUGAGUUUGUCACUGCUAGUGACCGCGUCCCUGUUAAUGGCAUUUCCAGUAUUAUGUUUGUGAUCCAGAAGAAUGGCGUGGGAGAUUCGCGUCUUCCCACCAGUUUGACGUGUUUUGGCCGCCUCCUUCUGUCAGAGUACACCUCGAAGGAAGCUCUGGCCGAGAAACUGGAUAAGGCACUUGAAAAUGCACAAGGAUUUGGUGUUGCGUGA